UCACUGCAGUCUAUACAGAAAUUUUCUGACACUAUGAAUAACACAUGGGUUAAACGGAAUAUAAAGCUACCAGAUGAUGAAGAUGAUUAUUUUUCAAAGGCCAAUUUGCGUGACAACAAUGAGGUGGAAAAUAAGAUGGAUCCUAAAGUACUGGAACUAGAGUUUAGGUUACGGAAGUCGGAAAUGGAUUUGGUUCUUGCUAACGAAAAAAUUGCCAUAUAUGACGACAAAAUUAAGGACAAAAACGAGAUUAUAGAAACUAUAAAAAUGUCUAACAACCUAUACAAAUCUGAUUAUAAAGAAAAGAUUGAUAUUCAGACAAACACAAUUAGAAACUUGGAAGAGGAGUUAUCUAUAACCAAAAAGGAGAAGCUAAAACUUGAUCAAGAAAUUGAGAAACUGACAAAGGAACUUCAAGAAUCCAUGCCUAAUAAAAAGUUGAGAUCCACGGUUUAUUUUCUGAAAGAAAGCGAAAAGGAAAACAAAAUACUUAUUGCUUCUCUAAGAGCUGAGAUAAAGGACAAAACUGAAAGGGAAAUGGAAAAGGAAAAGAAAAACGAUAUAUGUCAAACAUGUGAGAAAUAUUCCAUUGAAAUUAAAGAAAUGGAAAGUGUUAUAGCUUCGUUUAAAAAUCAGAUAAAGCAAAAAAAUGAAUCACAGGAAAAAAAUAAAGGUCUAAUAGCUUCUCUGAAGGCUCAGAUGAAGUUGAAAAAUAUAACGGAAAGCGAAAGUAAACAUCUUAUAACUUCCCUAAAAGAUCAGAUAAUUAAGAAAAACGAAAAGGAAAUAGAAAAUGAAAUUCUUAUAGCUACUCUUAAAACUGAACUGGCACAGAAAAAUAAUAAAGAUGAUGAAAACAAAAUUCUUAUAGAUCAGAUUAACACGAAAAAUGCUACAGAGAAGGAAAAUAAAGAUCUUAUAGCUUCUCUCAGGAAUCAGAUAAAGCAGAAAAAUGAUAAACAGGAAACCAAUAAAGAUUUAAUUGCUUCUCUCAGGGCUCAGAUAAAAAAGAAAGAUACAGUAAAUACUGAAAAAGAAGAACUUAUAACAUCUUUAAAGUCUCAGAUAAAGGAGAAAGAGGAUCAGACAUACUUUUUAGAGAUGGGACUUAACCUGGAAUCUUGUAAAAAUAAGGAGAAGGAUGAUCUAAUAACUGUCCAAGCAGCGACCAUCUUAAAACUCAAAUCUGAUCUGGAAAAUCAAUAA